GCGACGUUCGGCAAAAAGUGUUGAUUUCAUACACUUAAUUUUUAAAAGCAUGAUGACCAUGGCAACAUCAUCUAAAGUUGCACUUGGAAAUGGUCAUUUAGUAACUUGUAUAGCAUUGCUUCAUAGUGCUAUUGAUGAGGAUGAUUUGCAUAAGAUGGAAUGUUUGGGGGAUGCGUAUCUUAAUGAAACUAUGCUCCGUAAAGCCGACAUUCUUGAUAUGGAUGGAGAAUUAAUGAAUGUAAAGGACCGAAAUUGUUAUUUAAUUAAAACUGGCCAGCCGAGAAGAGGAAAGGGAAGAAAAGCAGAAAUAGAAGAUGACUGUGACGAAGAUGAGGAUAAUGUAAGUAGAGAACUGGAAACCGAGAAUGGUCAAGAUGAGGUGGUGAGGGAUGAUGUCGGUAUAGAUCAACCAAGAGAGGAGGAAGUGAGGCGACCAAGAAAGCCGAAGCGAAGGGGAGCUUUUGAAGAGGAAGUACUUUCUUUGUUAAAUGAAACAAAGUCGAGGUUGACUAAUAUUGAAACAUCUAUCGAAGAGAUUAAAAGAGAACAACGAAGGUCACAUCGCCGAUGGAAGGCUUGUUUCGGCACCUUGGGAGCACAUGAUCCUUCACCUCCACAUACACCGGAGAGUUAAGAUAAGGUGGGUGGCUGAUUGCAUAGUUGGUUCUAAAUGUCUAAUUCUGGAUAUGCUGUUUUGGAGACUUGGAGGUGCAGUUUUGAAGACGUGGAGCUGAUGUAUAAUUGCAUAGCUGUUGAUUACGGAUUUAGUAUUUUGAAUUUGGAGGUUUAUGUAUUUGAACAUAAGUAGGUUUAAUUGUGAUAAACUCAUGUGUUAUUAGUAGGUCUGAAAUGUUAUUACCAAGUCUGAAUAUUAAAAGGUCUGAAUGCUAUUAUCAAAUUUGAA